ACACAUCUACCAGGAGGGAGCGACUAAACAUUUCCACAAAUCUGCCAGGAGGGAGCGACAAAACAUUUCAGUCAUAACAGCGUUACACCGACAUAUCAUUAGUAUUUAUAUUUAGCUUUAUUUUAAACAAUAUGCAGUGACAUUAAUACAAGUUUAGACACUGGUACUGGGCUAAAGUGAUGUAGUGGUUCAGACGCAAUUUGUUUUGUCGGGCCGAGACAGUUCUGCUUGCUUGGUCCACAGACUUCCUCCAACAUGGCGCUCUCCGCAAAAGGAGCGUUCAGCUACAGCUUCCUCAGGAAUGCUGCGCGCGCGCUCAGCGGCUGUAGACCGGCAGGGCCUCGGCGGUGGCUCGGGCGACUCCCGGCGGUGGCGCGUACUGACUGGGUGUCCUUGAGCUCGUGUGGAGGACUGUGCGCCGUACCGCUUUCAAAGGUGGAGGAGCUCUCCCAUGAAGCCCUGAUCCGCAGAACAUCAUCCCUGGUGACGGACAGCGCUAACACAUACCUGUCCCAGACCACCCUGGCUCUGGUGGAGGCACUCGCACAGUACACCACAGCUGUGCACGCUCUUAUCGCUCUGCAGAAGCGAUACUUGACAUCGCUAGGAAAGCUCACUGCUGAGGAGGAGGAUGCCAUUUGGCAAGUGAUCAUUGCCCAGCGUGUGGAGGUGAGUGACAGGCUGGAUGGAUGCAAGCGAUUUGAAUCAAACUGGAGGAAUGCAGUCAGCCUUUGUGAGCUAGCUGCUGAGACAGCACACAAAGCAGGGGCCCAUGAGGCAUCAGUCACAGCACAAACCAAUCUACAGGUAGCGCAGUCCCAGGUAGAGGAGGUAUGGCAGCUGUCACUGGUGGCUGAGAGGAAGCUGGUGGAAACCAAGGCUGAGGAGAUCCGGAGGAUUGCAGAGUUUGCAGCUGCCAUGGAGAAGAGGACCGAAGACACCCCAAAGGCUUACCUGCGAGAAGACUGAUCUUAUAUCUUGUUAACCACUGGGGGGGACACAAAUUGAUAAAUUAGAGCCUCUUGCUGUUAAUAUGUUGGCAUUGUCUUGACAGUCUGCUGAGGAACCUGUCUGGAAAGUGCUCUGAUUACUGCCUAUGUGAGUUUGACUUUUGUAGGGGUUUUCGAAAUACAGCAUCUGCUUAUUUGUAAAUACAGAAUGCACCUUUUUAGAUGGUUUCUGUACUGCCAGGCUUAAUGUUUCAUGAAAGUCUAAUUAGGGUGCUGUUGGAAUUUUGAGGUGGGUAUAAACUUGUGCACACUAUACAAGGGAUGUACUUUGCCUCAAAAAUAUACUCAGGAUCCACUUACAGAAAUAUAAAAGAAGUCUAUAUCCUGGUUGUAAGCGUCUGCUAAACAAAAGCUUCCGCUUUUCAAUGUUUGACAGAGAGGUCACAUGAAAAUCACAUUUAAUACACUGACCUAAGCAAGAAGCUAAGUGCCUUGCUGGUUGUGACUGAGUUCACAAUGAAAUUUAUGUAAGGUGGCUUACUUAGAAAAGUUGAGGAAUUGGAUAGGAGGGGAGUGUUUAGGAGGCAAAUUUAACUGCACAUUUUGAAAAAUUUUUAUAGUGAAUUUGCAUGUUAAUGUCAGUUCUUUUUUUUUGUUUAUAUGUAAAGAAGAAACAAUAUAAAGAUUAACUAAAUAUGUUAAAUCUUACAGGAGUUUUUUCUUUUUUCUCUAGAGGUACUGUAAAUGCAGUUAGGCUAGAGUGUGAGAGCAUAUCUUAGAACAGAUCUAAAACUCAGAUUUUAUGGCAAGACCUGGAAAUAAGUUUAUUGAAAAUCCAUAAGUUGCUGAUCUAAACUGUAGAACUGUGUUCUACAGUAAGAGAGAUAGCUUAUUGGGGUAUUUGGAAUAAUGGUGCAGGUUAUUAAAUAAUUAUCCCAUAUUGUGUUAUUUGUACUUUUUUUUUAUCAGAUAUGGUUGCUCUCUAAUUUACAAACUUAAUUGAGAUCAAGAGAUGGUUUGUUACUUAAAUUGUAGUUCAGAAGUGGAAUGUGACAGGUUGGUAAGGAGCUCAUCAAUUCUACUUGCAGCUACUAAUGUAAUAUGCACUGGUAGCACAGUGGUAUUGGGCUAGCAGGCUACUUUGAGACUUGUAUGUAGCAGUUUCUCUUGCUGUUAGUGAAAUGUCCGUUUUGAUUAUCUGUCACUUUGGGGAAAACAUCUUCUAAAUUAAUGAAUGUAAAUUUCAGCAACUUGAUCUUAAGAGUUGUCGCACGGAGCAAACAGGAGACCCGGGUGUGGACCUAGUUGCGGGAUUGUUUAUUACAAAGGCAUAAGGGGCAAAAGCUCCGUGGUUGGGGACAGGCGUGGUUCAAUCUGAGGCAAAUCCGAAGACGUGGGCGAUGCUGUGAGAGACAGGGACAAGGAAUUGGGCAAGAGAACAAGGAGGGAAAUACAUGGAGAAGGGUAGGUAAGGCAAGGUCUGCCUAUCGUGAGCGCAGAAGGGACGGUUGUCUCAAAAAGAUUCCGCAAGCGAGUAGUAGACUUCUUUAUACCCAGCUGCUUUGCUUGCGAGCAGGUGCUUGCAGUUGUGCUCCUUCCCCUCCAGCCUUACACCCUGUGUCGCCGGGUUAGGCUCCUGUUCGCCGCAACCUUGCUUGCAACAAGUGGCUUCGGAGUGUGUGUGUGUGUGUGUGUGUGUGUGUGUGUGUGUAAACGAUUAUGAAAUUUGCAUUUCCUGUAUUGUGUGUAUUAAUAACUCAGCAGAUAUUAAUUUGGGGUUCAUUGAGAACACAUACCAUGUGUAACUGAGAAUUUAACAAAUGAGUCUCGUUUGUUGCGUUUGGAAAAAUGGUACAUAAAUGUGUUACAGUAAUAAAAAUUUGCUGUUGCUUUUUUCCUGAUAAAGUUCUGGUUGGUUAUAUGAACUAUUAUGCAAACGUUAAAGAAUUUUGUGCAGUGUUUUGAGAAAAUUAUGCAUGUAUGAGAUUGACAAGAAUUUACAAUAUAUCUAGGACAAUUACAUGGCACCGAAAAUUGUGCAGGUUGGUAUUCCACCUCCAGCUUUGGUACAAGUCUUGAGCAAGGUCUUUUACCCUAAAUUACUUCAGUAAAAUGACCCAGUUGUAUAAGUGGGUAAAUAAUUGUGAAUAGUUUAAAAUUGUAAAUCACUUUGGAGAAAAGCAUCAGCUAAAUCAAUAAAUGUUAAUCUAAGCAUGUACUGUGCCAAUGAUGUAAUGCAUGUUAGAAAUUAUCAGGACUCUGUUCAGUGGAAAUGACUGGCUGGAUAGGAGAGGCAUGAAAAAGCCUCGUACAUGUCAGUUAACAUAAAAAAAGUAAGAGUGAAGCCUGUAAUACUCUGUACAUCAAUGAUUAUAUAGAAAUUAUAUAUCAUACCCAUUCCGAUCAAGUGAAUCAUUCUCUC